AUGCCCCGCGUCCCAUCUCCCCCCGCCUCGUCCCCAGACUGGCAGGCGACCCGUGAGCUGCGGGACACGUCCCUGGAGCAGGCGGCCGAGCGCGGCCGCUUCUCGCAGGAGGCGCGGGCGUGGGAGCAGAGCCUGGAGCAGGCGCGCCGGGAGCUGGCGCAGGCGCGCGCGGAGCUGCAGCGAGCGUGGCGAGAGGGCAACAGCAGCCUGCUGGAGCUGGGCAGGCAGGAGGCCGAGCUGGCGCGCGUCUCGGGGGCCCUGGCCAGCGCUGAGAGGGAGCUGCAGGGCGUGCAGGGCCGGCUCCAGGCCGGCCAGCGUGCGGCCAGCAGCCUGCGCGCCUGCCUGGACGCAGACUGCUGCCCCCCCGGGCUGGCUGCUGUACCGCGGCACGUGCCUCUUCGUCUCGUCGGAGAGGAAGAACUGGUGGCAAAGCCUCGACGACUGCCAGGGGAGGUCCUCCCGGCUGCUGGUGCACGGCGAGCGGCAGGCGCUGCCGGUACGGGGGCUGCGCUGGGGAGGGGGCGUCCCCGCUGCCUGCCGCCCCCAGCCCCGUGCCCGUCCUGCUGCAGCGCGGCCCCGGCACCGCCGGGCACGGGGCAGGCUCUGACGGCCUCUCUCCCGCAGCCUUUCCUGCACGCAGGAGGCACCAAGUACUGGGUGGAGGAGCAGAUUUCCAUCGCUACCGGGUCGGUCGUGCGGCAGGACGGCGUGCCGUAUGACAUGCACACUUACAGUGACAAGUGCUCGCUGUCAGCGGCCAAAGGCAUCGAGAGGUCGGCGUGCAGGAGGCUCCACCAGUGGAUCUGCGAGCAGCCCCCGAGGCUGAGCAGCAUGUCCAAGGCCCUCGCAUCUUUCCUGGACGAGGAGUGACCUUGCUGCCACCCCCUCCCCGUCACAGGACGUGGGGACAGGAGCUGGGGGUGCCCCCAUCUACACCCCCCCACCGUGCACACAUUGCCUCCACCGCACGGCAAGGCGCUGAGAAGUUGGGCUGGGAGCGCUGUCUGUGUUUUAAAGCAAGGAAUACAGACCUUGUUCCCCUCUCUCUCACGCAUGCACGCACUCGUACCACCCUGCUCCUGCCCCUCAGACCCACGCUUGUGUCCCCGUGUGCCCUGGCCAGCCUCCCGUCACGGUCC